CUCGGUUCAACUGAUUCUUCUUCCACACAGCCUUCUGAAAUUCUCUGUUCGAAUCUUCGAUUUGUCAAGAAAGGUUGCGUUUCUUCGUAGGUUUAUUUAUUCUUUGAUCAGUCGUUUCCGCAAAGGGUUUGAAACAUAAACGGUGUCGACAGCUUGGUGAAUUGAACCAGUGAGAUAAAAUGGCGGGAGAGGAUGUAAGACAGCAGCCGGAAAUGGCCGAAAAUCAUGAAAAGGACCUCAAGUAUCUGGAGUUCGUCCAAGUUGCGGUAAUCCACGCCGCACUGUACUUCUCCAGCCUGUACAACUACGCGAAGGAGAACUCCGGUCCUCUGAAACCCGGCGUGCAAAGCGUCGAAGGUACCGUUAAGACCGUGGUUGGCCCUGUAUACGAGAAAUUCCAUGACGUCCCCUUCGAAUUUCUCAAGUUCGUCGACCGCAAGGUGGACGACUCUGUAAGCGAGCUUGAACGCCACUUGCCAUCGGUCGUGAAGGGGGCAGCAAGCGAAGCCUUCUCGGCUGCUCAGAAAGCUCCGGAGGUGGCUCGAGCCGUGGCUUCGGAGGUGCAGCGCUCUGGCGUGGUGGAGACCGCCACCGGAAUAGCGAAAUCGGUGUACACCAAGUGCGAGCCCACCGCCAAGGAUCUAUACGCAAAAUACGAGCCGGUGGCCGAACACUACGCUGUAUCGACAUGGAAAUCGCUGAACCAGCUUCCACUGUUUCCUCAGAUUGCCCAGGUUGUGUUACCGACGGCAGCCUACUGCUCGGAGAAGUACAAUCAGGCCGUAUGUUAUACGGCGGAGAGGGGGUACACCGUGUUUGCGUAUCUGCCGUUGGUCCCAACCGAGAGAAUCGCCAAAGUAUUCAGCGAAGAAGGGGGGAAUCAGGCAGAACCAGCUACCGUGGCGCAGUAGUGGCCGUUUGAUUUUCCUGUUUUCAUAUGAUAUUUCCUGUAUAAAAUUGUGAAAAAAACAGCAGCACAAGUCAGUAGUUGUAAGGUUUGUUUGGUUCGGUUUGGUAUAAUGUCUAUCAGUCUAUGUAAUACUUUUUUUUUUUUUUUCUACUAUAUAUCAAAUCAAACAAAUGGUUGCAAAUAGUGUUUUAGGUCUGGAAGCUUGCUUCCCUAUAAAACUUCUAACAUCAGGAUGAAAAAGAAAGGUUCUUCUUUUAUCAAUCAAAUGGUGAUUGAACCUGCUUUUCAUUCAUUA